UUCUCAAACGUAUAAAGUCGGCCUCGUGAAGCGUGACGCUUCCUUAGACUCACUCAGGAUCGGUCCUCCAUCUUCUCCCCCUUUGCUCUUCUUCACCAACCGGCGCCAACCUUAGCUGCUACAGCCGCAUGGCGACCUCCCCGCUGACCUCUUCCUUCCUCUCGACGGGGGGCACAUGCGGCACCCGCUCCCGCGACCGGAGCUUCCUUCUCCGCGCACCGGUGCCUGACUCCCGCCGCUGCCCCGCACUCCGCGUCAGGGCUUCCGGCGCAGAGCCCGAUCUGAGCGUCAGGGUCAACGGGCUGGAGAUGCCGAACCCUUUCGUCAUCGCCUCGGGGCCGCCCGGGACCAACUAUACCGUCAUGAAGAGAGCGUUUGACGAAGGUUGGGGCGCGGUGAUCGCCAAGACUGUAUCACUUGAUUCAAGCAAAGUCAUCAAUGUGACCCCACGAUAUGCACGCCUGCGAGCUGGAUCAAAUGGCUCAGCUAAAGGAGAGAUCAUUGGUUGGGAGAAUAUUGAGCUCAUCAGUGACCGACCACUAGAGACCAUGUUGAAGGAGUUCAAGCAGUUAAAGGAAGAGUACCCUGAAAGAAUACUUAUCGCAUCAAUCAUGGAGGAGUACGACAAAGCUGCUUGGCAAGAGCUCAUUGAGAGGGUUGAAGAAACUGGAGUGGAUGCAUUUGAGAUCAAUUUCUCAUGUCCACAUGGUAUGCCAGAGCGCAAGAUGGGUGCUGCUGUGGGACAAAACUGCGCGUUGUUGGAAGAAGUCUGUGGAUGGAUCAACGAAAAAGCAACUAUUCCAGUAUGGGCAAAGAUGACACCAAAUAUUACUGACAUCACUGAGCCAGCUAGAGUUGCUUUGCAGACUGGAUGUGAAGGAGUUUCUGCAAUCAACACAAUAAUGAGCGUCAUGGGAAUUGAUCUCAAUACCUUACAUCCUGAGCCCUGUGUUGAGGGAUAUUCAACUCCUGGUGGUUAUUCUGCAAAGGCAGUUCAUCCUAUUGCACUUGCUAAGGUGAUGUCCAUAGCAAAGAUGAUGAAGGCAGAAUUCCGUGACACAGAAAAGUCACUUUCUGGAAUAGGGGGAGUGCAGACGGGAGGUGAUGCUGCUGAAUUCAUUCUUCUCGGAGCAGAUACAGUUCAGGUAUGUACAGGUGUGAUGAUGCAUGGCUAUGGCCUUGUAAAGCAACUCUGUGCUGAACUGAAGGAUUUCAUGAGAAAGCACAACUUCUCAUCCAUAGAUGAUUUUAAAGGGCAUUCAUUGCAAUACUUCACCACACACACAGAUUUGGUGCGGCGGCAACAAGAAGCGAUUCGGCAGAGGAAAGCAAUAAAGAAAGGACUGCAGUCUGACAAAGAUUGGACAGGCGAUGGCUUUGUAAAGGAAACAGAAAGCAUGGUAUCUAACUGAUUGGAGGAAAUAAACAAGGCGUUUAUCACUUUCAAGUUUUAGCCUUAACUCAUUUCCUUGUGUGAAUAGACUACUUCCCAGUUGGAAAAGUUUCUUCCACUAGGUCAAUAGGUUUGAACUUGAAUUCCAUUAAUAACCUACGAAAGAUCGUCUCAAGUGUGGCAGCACAUGUUUAUUUACUAUCCAGAUAUCCUUGAUUUGUUUGCAUUUCGAAAUGUUUGAGAUAAUUUGGUGUCCAAAAUCUAGUGAACUGUUUUUUACA